UUUAAUUAGCCUUUUAACUCGGGAAAUAUUUGGAAAUUCUCUUUAGAAAUGUCAUCCGCAGCGGCUCAAUUACAAAAGAGAAUUCUUUCGUUUUGGUUUAAAGGAUUCGUUUAUGGAGAACCACUUCCACCUUCAUUAAUGCAAUUUUGGUUCGAAGGUGGUGAAUUAAUUGAUAAUGAAUGUAAGAAUAGUUUCGGUAAAGAAAUAGAAGAAAUUUUUGAGAAAAAAAGUUAUGUUGAUGAAAUGAAACAAACCCCAGAGGGAACUCUGGGAUUAGCAAUCUUACUCGAUCAAAUUCCUCGUAAUAUAUUUCGUAAAACUAAAAGGCCAUUCGCCGAUUUUGAUCCAAUAGCAUUGGAUGUUGCUAAAUAUUGUGUAGAUCGUAAAUGGGAUGAAGAUCUGAACCCUAUCCAAAGAGAAUUCAUUUAUUUGCCAUUUGAACAUUCUGAAAAUUUGGAAGAUCAAGAAAUUAGUGUACGAAAGCAUCAAUGGAAUGUUGAAAAUUCUCCCAAGGUUUAUUUAGAAAUAUCAAAGAUCUUUGCUAAUUUUGCUGAUCAGCAUAAAGUUGUAAUCGAAAAAUUUGGCAGAUUUCCUCAUAGAAAUAAAUAUUUGGGUAGAGAAUCUACCAAAGAAGAAAUAGAGUAUCUUGAAAGUGGUGGAGGAUUUUAAUAAAUAAUAAUUUAUUUAAUAAAUUAUUUAAAUUAUUUAAUCUUUAGUUAAAAAUAAGCUGUAUUAUAAGCAA